AUGGCAGUCGACACUCUUGUUCUUGACAUAGAAGGGACUAUCUGUCCUAUCACUUUUGUCAAGGAUACUUUAUUUCCUUACUUCUUGGAGAAAUUGCCUGAUUUCUUACAGUCUGUCAGUUUCCCAUUGGAUCAGAAAGGCGACGAUGUGCAAAAGAUCCUCCAUGGUCUUCCUGAAGAAGUGAAGCAUUCUCGUGAAUCCUCCUUGGAGUACUUGGAAGGUCUUGUGAAGGCUGAUGUCAAGGAUCCAGUAUUGAAGUCGUUACAAGGAUACAUAUGGAAAACUGGAUAUGAAAGUGGAGAGUUGAAAGCUCCUAUUUAUGAGGAUUCCAUCAAGUUCAUCAGAGAAUAUCCUUCCAAGAAUACCAGGAUUUAUAUCUACUCGUCAGGUAGUAUCAAAGCACAAAUCUUGCUCUUUGCCUAUGUCAAUGACAAUGGCAAGUCAGUGGAUCUCAACCCAUUCUUAUCGGGCUAUUACGACAUCACCACCGCAGGAUUCAAGCAAGAGCUGACCUCGUACCAAACAAUCUUGAAAGACAUUUCUAGAGAAGAUGAUCCUGCUACGGUAUUGUUUCUCAGUGACAACGUUGCAGAAGUCGAAGCAGCAAAGGCUAGCGGAAUGCAGAGCUAUAUAGUCAAGAGACCAGGAAAUGCCCCAUUAACCAACGAGGAUUUACAGAAGCACAAAGUGAUCGAGUCUCUAGAGGAGUUGAAUCUUGUUUGA